GCCCCCCUCAGCUUAGGUUCCCGCAGGCCUCGGGGGCCGCGGGCCCGGCUGCACGUUCCCUGCGUGAGCUCUGCGACACGGGCCGGUGGGACGUUAGUGGGGUUGCGCUGCGGGGCGGAAGAGGUGUCUUUCCACCUCCUCAGCCCGCCUCGGGUCGCGAUGUCGUCCGGGGCCGGGUCUCGGAGGCCGCGGGAGCCGCCGGAGCACGAGCAGCAGCGGCGGCGGGAGCAGAAGCGGCGGCGGCACGACGCGCAGCAGCUGCAGCAGCUCAAGCACCUGGAGUCCUUUUACGAGAAACCUCCUCCUGGGUUUAUAAAGGAGGAUGAGACGAAGCCAGAAGACUGUAUACCGGAUGUGCCUGGCAAUGAGCAUGCCAGGGAGUUUCUGGCUCAUGCUCCGACUAAAGGACUGUGGAUGCCACUGGGGCGAGAGGUCAAGGUUAUGCAGUGUUGGCGUUGCAAACGGUAUGGCCAUCGAACAGGCGACAAAGAAUGCCCUUUCUUUAUCAAAGGCAACCAAAAGUUAGAACAGUUCCGAGUUGCACAUGAAGAUCCCAUGUAUGACAUCAUUCGAGAGAAUAAAAGACAUGAAAAGGAUGUAAGGAUCCAGCAGUUGAAACAACUACUGGAGGACUCUACCUCAGACGAGAGCAGCUCCAGCUCCUCAGGAGACAAAGAGAAGCGCAAGAAAAAGAAGAAGAAAGAAAAGCACAAGAAACGGAAAAAGGAGAAGAAAAAGAAGAAGAAACGGAAGCACAAGGCUUCCAAGUCUAGUGAGAGCUCAGACUCGGAGUGACCGCUGAUGGUAGCACCUCAGCACCACCCACAGGCCAGAGGACAGAGCCAGCGAGAGACGGGCACCUGGCACAACCGUGAGCUCUCCGCCUCCUGGUGCCAAGUGACCACUGUGGAGCUCUGAGGCACAGCUGCUGGAGGCGUCUGUCCUCUCACUUUGAUGGUCACUUGUGUCUGAUUGCUUUAGUAGGCCGCUGCUGCCGUGGGAGGUGGUGACGACUCUGAAGAAGCGCGCUCUAGGGCACCCCCAGGGCAUUUGCCUCCAUGGUGUGGGAACUCAUUUCCCAGGAACUUAAGGAUUCACCCUUCUCUGUGGUUUGGGAAAAUAAAAGUUGUUUUAUUUUUUAAA